GAACGCUCGAUCUUCGAUCACCGCCCAAUGAACGCGUGCAAUGGAGAGGAGGGGGCAAAAAAAGAGGGCGUGAAGCCCAAUCACAGCGCCAUUACACUUGAGGGCAAAGAGGUUAGGAAGCCGGCAUGGCGCUCCGGUCAAUAAAAUCGAUAGCUGGAAGCUGCCUGUGUUCUAGGCAAAGGCGGUGUAGUAGCGCCGCCGCCAUUUUCCCCGAAGGCAUCUUCCGGUGCCUUUCACCCAAGUUCGGGCAGGAGUUUCCUGAGUAACAGCCAAAGGUUGCUAUUAGCCCUGCAGGCGGCCGGUUUUGAUUCCCUCCGGGCCUCUCCGGCCACGCUCAGCCCUAGUCCGGUGGGGGCUCAGCCAGGGUUCGCCAGCGCCCAGGGGCCAAGGCCGGGACCGGGAAGACCGUGGCGCCGGCUUCUCGGAGCCAAUGGCGCCGCCUUCGGCUCCGCUUUCCGCGCGGGGACCAGAAGAGGCCGGAGCCAGUCGGAGAAGGGGAAGGAGGCCGAGGGCGGUGAAGUUCCCAGACGUGGCCGUGUACUUCUCCCCAGAGGAGUGGGGGUGUCUGCGGCCCGAGCAGAGGGCCCUGUACCGGGACGUGAUGCGGGAGAACUACGGCCACCUGGGCGCGCUCGGGUGCGCAGGUCCUAAACCAGCCCUCAUCUCCUGGUUGGAACGGAAUACCGAUGACUGGGAACCGGCUGCCCUAGAUCCGCAGGAGUACCCGAGAGGGAUAACAAUCCAAAGAAAAAUGAGAAGCAGAAAGAAGAAUGGAGAGAAGGAAGUGUUCCCACCCAAGGAGGCCCCACGAAAGGGGAAGCGAGGGCGCCGGCCCAGCAAACCACGACUUAUUCCCAGGCAGACAUCUGGGGGCCCCAUCUGCCCUGACUGUGGCUGUACCUUUCCAGAUCGCCCGGCCCUUGAGAGCCACAAGUGUGCCCAGAAUCUGAAAAAGCCUUACCCGUGCCCAGACUGUGGGCGCCGCUUCUCCUACCCCUCCCUGCUCGUCAGCCACCGCAGAGCACACUCCGGGGAGUGCCCCUAUGUGUGUGACCAGUGUGGAAAACGUUUCUCCCAGCGCAAGAACCUCUCCCAGCACCAGGUUAUCCACACAGGCGAGAAGCCCUACCACUGCCCUGACUGUGGCCGCUGCUUUCGCAGGAGCCGGUCCUUGGCCAAUCACCGGACCACACACACAGGCGAGAAACCCCACCAGUGCCCCAGCUGUGGGCGACGCUUCGCCUAUCCCUCCCUGCUAGCCAUCCACCAGCGCACACACACAGGAGAGAAGCCCUAUACCUGCCUGGAGUGCAACCGUCGCUUCCGCCAGCGCACAGCCCUUGUCAUCCACCAGCGCAUCCACACUGGCGAGAAGCCCUACCCAUGUCCAGACUGUGAGCGCCGUUUCUCCUCAUCCUCCCGCCUGGUCAGCCACAGGCGUGUACACUCCGGAGAGCGUCCCUACGCCUGUGAACACUGUGAGGCCCGCUUCUCCCAGCGCAGUACGCUGCUCCAGCACCAGCUCUUGCACACAGGAGAGAAGCCCUACCCCUGCCCAGACUGCGGACGUGCCUUCCGGCGGAGCGGCUCCCUGGCCAUACACCGCAGCACACACACCGAGGAGAAGCUACACGCCUGUGACGACUGUGGCCGCCGCUUCGCCUACCCCUCACUGCUGGCCAGCCACCGGCGUGUGCACUCAGGCGAGCGGCCCUAUGCCUGCGACCUUUGCUCCAAGCGCUUUGCCCAGUGGAGCCACCUGGCUCAGCACCAACUCCUGCACACUGGGGAGAAGCCUUUCCCCUGCCUGGAGUGUGGCCGAUGCUUCCGCCAAAGGUGGUCUCUGGCUGUCCACAAGUGUAGCCCCAGGGCCCAAAACUGUAGCCCAAGAUCUGCUCUAGGGGGAUCCAGCCAAAAAAGCAGUGCCCUUUAGAAAGGAAAGGACUGUGAGUUCCUUUCACUUCAUAGCUGUGGAGGAGCCCUAGGCCAUGCAGGUCUUUUGGUCUACAAACCUGAGCUUGAGCAUAUUCCAUUGCACUGGCUGCCUUACUGUGGUGUCUAAGACAGUCCCAUUAGGAGAGAUGACAUCAUUUGGCUAAAAUUUUUCAAGUUACCCUAACCUAAACUUAUGGAUGUGCAUAUCAGGGCUCAGAGUUUUUCCCAUUUGUUUUAGAGGCUAUCUGCUUUUGGGGGGGGGGAGCUUUUUGCUAUAGGGCGCGUGCGCUCGCCAGACAGAAAGCAAGAAAUCACCCCCCAGGGGAGAUGGGCACACCGCAAUCCCUUCUCCGUUCUCCUCUCGGGAUCCU